AUGGCAGCGGCGGCAGCGGGUGAGAGCACCAGGUUAAUUGGGGUGAGGAAGAAGGGGGAGGACAAGUUCGGUGCGGCGAUCAUGCACCCGGUGACCAAGACGUUCCUGUGGCUAGGGACGUACUCGUUGCCCGAGGUCGCUGCGUGCGCCUAUGACCUCGCAGCUAGGGAGCUCAAGGGCGCAAAGGCAAAGCUCAACUUCUCUUACGCUCCGCCGGCCAGACUGGUUAAGGAGGUGAUUACUGCACCGAGGCACCGCAGCCACGGUCACGAAGCACCGCUCUUUCAGGUCGUUACAUUGCCACCAGACCCCACAUCACCGCCUCCACCACCGCCUAAGCUCGUGGUUUACUUUCCCUUCCCCAUAGAAGUGCCCGCCAGCAACCCCCCGCCAGUGCCAACAUACCCGUUCCUGCACAUGCCGCGUCCGGCACGAGCACGGCUCAGCCCGCAACCAGCGCACGCGCCCGCUCCAAAGACACAGCCGCCGAUCCAACGGAUGAACGUCAUGGUGCAGGCGGAAAGCUGCUUAAGCUCCUCAAGGAAAACCCUAGGGGCUUCUUCGUCGCGCCGCCUGGUGUUCAAGAAACCCAAGCUGGUCGUAGUUUCCGUUACCCUUAGUGCUCCUACAGAAGGAACGGGUGACAAUUUCACCAAGCCGUGGUAUUGCCCUUAUUUUCCUGUUGUUUAG